GCCCACUUGGCCCACAAAUCUCCGUCGGCGUGUCCAUUGCGAACAUUGCGACGUGGCAAAUGCGAACAUCACCCAAGCUUCGCACUCUGCUUCGCACUGCAAGAAUCAACGGCUACCUGGAUACAGAGUGACUCUGAGACCUUCUAUCCCGACGAAUAUAUUCGUCUUGUAGGCCAUAUCCCUCCUCUGUCUCUCUCUACUGGGAAUUAGCUUGUUUGACAACAACAUCGGGUUGGAGGUGGUCACUAGACGACGUUUCCCAGACCAUACAAUGGAACCCACAAACGGCAACCACCAUAAGUUGCUGCGGCAGAAGGAUAAACUGGGGAGACUCCGAGCGUUAAAGUCGGCACCAUUGUCCUCCGAAAGCCACCUCAUACUCCGCUCAUGUUCCUCCUACCGCCCCUGCAACCUCCCCCUUCUCGGCGGCGACGAAACCUCCACCCCUCGCCCAGCAUCCUCAACCCUCGCUUCCGCUCUCACCGCUCUCGGCUCCAUUACCGGCGCCGCUGUCCCCUCAGCCGUCCCCUCCGGCCCCGACGGCUUUAUCUCCACCUACGUUAGUGAUCUGUUUCGUUCCUCCCCACAUACAACCCUGCAAAUCCUGCUAGGAACCUCUCUCUAUGUCUCACACAGUGUCGGAUUGACACCUUACCACAAUUUGCUGUUCCACCCUCGUUUGUUCUGGGCACCGAGAUAUCAGCUAUGGCGGGGUGUCACGGGUUUCGCAGUCACAGCGUUCAGUCUGAUGGAUGUUGUGAAGAGCGCUGUGGGGAUGGUCUACUGGCAAGCGCCGCUGGAGAGAUGGUUCGACGGAUCCGGCGACGUCGUCCGUGGAGCCAUCGUCGUGCGUGCAGGGAGAAAUAGGUCUCGCAAGAACGCGAGCGGCGGCAGUGGCGGCGGCGGGCGCAAAUCCGUCCUGGAGUGGCUGCUCCUGGACAACAAAUACAUCCGCGCACAAGCCCUCGCAGCCGCCGUCAUCAUCGCCAUCGAACUCAUCCUUCAACGCUCGACCGCCUCUUACAUCCCCACCUCCGUCGCCAACGGCACAAUCGACCUCUCCUCACUACCCUCCAACAUCACCCAACACCUCCCGUCCGCAAUCACAUCCAUGUUCCUCUUCCCUUACUCCCUCUUCCCGCCCCUCGAACACGCCCUCAGAUGGUUGUGGGCUCUCACCGCCCCAACAACGACGGCAACAACGGUCCUCGGCGUUGUGCCCAUCAAACCCGUCUACCUCCCCCUCGCACUCUGCGCGAUGGGCGGGUUCUCCUCUUGGAAGGAUAUGCUCAAAGGCCUCGUUGCCGCCCUCGUCGUUGGCAAAAUCAUGGAUGUUAGACGACCGCGCCCCGUUGAUUCAUAUGUUGAUUCCGGCGCCGGGUCGUCGUAUGCGGCUGCUGGUGGUGGUUACGACGAUAACAUCGCCGACCCGCUCUCGCAGAAUGUGGUCGAUUGGUUCGCGGAUACGGUGGCGAGCUGGGUCGUUUGGGGGAAGCGGCAGUCCGUGUCUGUGAUCGGCCCGGCUGCGCCUGCAUCUACGACAGCGACGUUCACACCACCCGCAGCAUCGGCAUCCAUUGUGCAGACUGUUACGGGCUUCUUUGCGUCUUCCGUCACGCCACCGCCACCAUCGUCUUCGCAGCAGCAAGGGUACCGAACGUAUAGACGUCACGACAACCCGCGAGCGGCCGAGGAGAUUCGUAUGUCCGACCUCGAUUCGGGAUAUUUGUGAGGUCCAUGCGAUAUAUCAUCGCGUGUGUUCCUGCGGUUGACGGAUGCGUGACUAGGGCGUGUUGGUGGGAAUACGUUUCGGAUCGGGAUCGGCGUCCAAUUCCUUCUGCACGCAACGCCAGCUCAACGACGACUGUCAAUCAACGCCAUCCCACUCAACCUCUUGUUCUUUUUUGACCUAUUUCCGAGUUUGCGUAUCAUUGUAUUCCUUUGUACCUUCCAAGUUGUAGGAAGCCAGUCCGGGGGGAGGUUUCGUAGUGGGAUCUGCUGGGCGGACGGGAAAAUCAUACAGUGUACAUGUUCUUUUGCUUCUGUUUCAAUACAUUGUUGUGAAGCGCACAUACGAUGAUCUGUGGGAUGCUGGUCUACCCCCUUGAGACAGCUGAACUGGGGCUCGCUGUUCGAUGGAAAUGAGAGCGAUCAAAAAUGCGCUAAUAUACUUGUU